AUGAGUGAUAAUUUAGCUAUCUUAAAGGACUUUGACAACGACACAGCAAUCUAACUUAUUGAAUCAGCAUACACCUACCUCUUAGAUAAGAAUUCUCUCCCUCUUCAAAAGUUGACAUUCAAUGUGAGAGCUCCAUUUUCAGCAAUAUACGCAUUUUUGAGAAAGCAACCUGCAAAAUAGAUUAACAAACUAGAAUAGCUGAGCUUAUCAAAGGAGAUAAAGCAAGCGAUAAAGGAUAAGUUGUACUUAAUGUACGCUUAAAACUAUUAGAAGGUAGGAUUGCUUACAAAUUAUAAACUUGAAUGCAUGAACCCUAAAGCUAUUGAAGUACAGACUGAGUCAGACUUAGUACAGACUCACAAGAACUCUCCAUCAGUGUUAGAUUAUGCAAGUUGCUAGUGGAAGAUCAAUGUGAUCCUCUCGACAAACUAUCUUAAUAAAGUGCUAAGGCCAGAGGUUGUGAUCGAGAUUCAAACCGCCCAGAACGAGAAGGUACUGAUGACUGUUAGUGUAGAGAAGUUUGAAGAGCUCAGAAGACAGGUUGCUUAUCUAAUUAGAUAUACCUAGCAGAUCGAAUGUAUCAGAUAUCUAAAUCAAACCUAAUCCUCCAUUCUGCGAGAGUCUUUUGAUGAUCUAAAUAGAGAUCUCUAGUAGCAUGAUAUCUAGCACAAUAUAUAUCAGCAUGAUUUGUAUUUCUUUGGAAUGAGUGGGGAUGCAGCUGAUAAUAGCAAUCAGGUUGACAAGGAAUUGAAAAUUAAAGACAUGGUAGAGUGUGGACCUGGGCAGCAAUUGCAGCUCAAAUAUCCCGUGUGUUUCGAAUGCUUUGACUCUAUUAUCAAGAAGCUAGAGGAGAAAAUCACUGGGGAAGAGGAAGAAAGGGACUUAUAUAUUAAAGAAAUUAAGAAAAUAGAGGGUAAACUGGCCAAAAUAGCUAAUCAGAAGGAAUCCGAUUUGGAGAAGGAACUCAAGUCUUUGGAAAACGAGGAAGCUGAGAUGGAUAAAGUACUAGCAUAGUUAGAGUAAGAGGAGAAAAAUAAUGAAGAGGAAGUGCAGAGGCUUUCAAAGGUAAAAGAGUCCCUCUAAGCAGAGGAGAAGGCAUUUUGGAGAGAUGUGAACAAUUAUGAGAAGAAUCUGGCAGGAUUUUAGGAGAGUUUGUCACAAACAGACUAUCUCAUUCAGAAUUUGGAUUGGCAGUUCAAAAGACUCAGAAACACUAAUUUCAUCAAUGAGGUGUUUUACAUUAGCACUCUUGAUGAAUUCGGAACUAUAAGUGGGUUUAGAAUGGGCAGAUUACCUACUACUGAUGUAAAAUGGGAAGAAAUCAAUACUGCUAUUGGUCAAAGCUUAUAUCUCCUCACAGUACUUGCACACAGAUUCAAUUACAAGUUUGAGUUAUAUGACAUUUAACUGUGUGGAGCUUUUUCUAAGAUAUCCUUGAAAAGUAACCCUAAAAUGAAGUUUGAACUGUUCAUGCCCUCAAACGAAGAUAGAUUUAACAACGGUCUUGUUUGCCUUCUUAAUGCUCUUAAUGGUUUAUGCUAAUUUGUUCAGUAGAACUAUUCUCAAUAAAGAUAAAAUAUACUGCCAUCUCAGGAUAAAUCUAUUCAGUAGGAACGAUAGAAAGUUGUAUUUAAGAUUUAAAGCGACACAAUUCAUGGCAUUUCAAUCAAAUACAACUCAAAUGAUUUGCCUCAAUGGACUCGGGCUUGCAAAUACUACUUGACUAAUCUGUAGUAUCUGAUUUAUAUCAGCGUUAUAAGAGAUCAGUAUGAGCAAGGAUAGAGCUAGCAGAAUUUCUGA